UCUCUUCUGUCAGAGAGUGAGAGAGAGGAAGAGAGAGAAAGAGAGAGAGUAUGCAGGCACUCCAUCUAUUUCUCUCUCACUUAGCUAACCUCCCUCAUGGCACACCGAUCAGUGGAACUUAAGCCUUUAAUUGAGGUGCAGGAGUAGCAGCCUUCUGAGUUUUAGCAGGCGGGAUUUGGAAGCGUUUGUCUCUCAAUGCAAAAAGAGCAGCAGUGUGGGAAACAGCAGGAGAGGAGACAGACAGAAUCCCCUUCUGUUCAGCCGCUGGAACACGUUUGUCUCGUCUGGGUUUUUCUUCCUUUUUAUUUUUUAUGCAAUAUUUGGUCCAAUUUUAUAGUGACUGAGAGUUUGAAGAAUUCUGGCGUCCUUCAGACCAAUGAUGCUGCUGGCCCCACCCAGAGCAGCCCCCUCCUGCCACCUCUGCCUGUCCCGGGACGCCCCCCUCUCCAACCCCAGCUGGACAUCAAGCACUUCCUUCCCUUUCACCUCAGCGCCUCCUCCCCACUCAGCCUCUUCCCAAAUUUCAACACGAUGGACCCAGUCCAGAGAGCGGUGAUCAACCACACGUUUGGGGUCCCCCAGCCUCUCAGGAAGAAGCAGAUAAUUUCCUGCAACAUCUGCCACCUGAGGUUCAACUCUAUGAAGCAGGCAGAAGCGCACUAUCAGGGCCACAAACACACUCGCAAGCUGAAGGCCGUGCAGGCGCACAAGACUCGGCGACAACACCUGGGAGAAAGGGGCGGGGCCAGCGGAGGAAAGGAGAGGGAGACGGACAGGGAGACGACACGCGCCUUGGAGGUGCCCCCUGCUCUAAUGGACGCCGCUGUGAUGGAAAGAAUGCGUCUCUUGUCAGAGCCGGGUGUGUUAAAGCUGGAGGACUCCCCAGGGAGCUUGGUGGUGCUGACCCCCGUGUCAGAGGCCUCCUCCCUGGACCUGGCUGGUCUGAGCUCCCCCCAGCCGUCCCCGUCCUCUGGGCUGUCAGAGAGCAUGUCGGAGAGCAGCACUGCAGAAACCCCCCCCUGCCAGGAGUCCCCCCAGUGCCAGGGGCCCCAGCUUCAGACCGAGAGGGAUGGGGACCCCCCAAUAAACAAGCAGCACCUCCACUGUCCUGUCUGCAAAGUCACUGUCAACUCCUCGUCUCAGCUUGCGGCCCACUACAGCGGAUCUAAGCACAAGCUCAUGCUGGGGGGUCAGAGUGUGUUGCCGCGGAGGAGGAGCAUGGCGGGGUCGUCUCGUUCUGCCUGCAGGACCAAGCGGCUCAGGGUCAAGGGUAGUGUGGGCGUGGUCAGCAAGGCCUACCACUGCCCCAUGUGUGAGAUCCAUGUCAACUCAGAAACACAGCUCCAACAGCACAUAAACAGCAGGAGGCACAAGGACCGGCUAGCAGGCAAGCCCCCCAAGCCCAAAUUCAGCCCUCACAGCAAGAGUCAGCAGAGCACCGUCUUACCGAGUGUGAGAUGGAACGGGCACGCAGGGGGAACUAUCUCUGCCAUGAAGAAGGUGUUCAACAGCUGCAGCCUCACCUGUCUCUCCUCUCAGGCCAGACUGGCCCUGCAGAAGCAGCUGAGCAGGUGCCUAGCGUCAGCUUUCCUGCCCCGCCCGCUGAGAGCAGCCACCCUCUGCACCAUGGCGACCGGCCCCCUCACCCUGUGUCACCCCCCGGGCACCGCCACCUUUAUCCAGGCCCCACUGCUGGGCCCUGCCACCUUCCGGCCCCCCUCAGGCCCCAUGAGGGCCCCACACACCCCCCUCAUCCUCUCCCCCUACUAACUCAAGCCCCCAGCCCAAACCUCCUACUAACCCAACCCCCCAGCCCACACCCCCUACUAACCCAACCCCCUAGCCCACACCCCCUGCUAACCCAACCCCCCAGCCCACACCAGAGAGCGCACUGGGACCAGCGAGCGGGGAAUAUCGCAGGCAGACCUGCCCCUUGGUCAGAUGGGUCCGCACUGCACAGGAUCCCUGGUGUGAAGCUGGAUCCAUCGUGCACUUUCUUCUCAAACCAGUGCCCAUUUCCCCAUCGUCUGCGAAGACAAAAUGACAGAUCAAUUUAUCAUUUUUUAUAUUUAUUAGGAGACGGUAGAAAACAUUUGAGAAGUAUAGCAGUAUAUUUAGCAUUGCUCCACAGUCAAUAAGAUCACAUUACUUGACACCUGGAGCACAUUUUCAGCGUGGGUGUGUCCGAACAGUUGUGAACGUCAUGCUCCUGGUUCUGAUUGGUGCGUGUGUUGCAUUCAAGGUCAGAGUUGCAUUGUGGGCAUUAUGGGGAAAAACAGUGAUGGGUCUAUAACCCCCCUUAGUAAAGAAUGUGUGUGCCUCUCGCCACCUUACAGCUGUGAUGUUGUAUCUGGAGGUAUACAGUCUGCAGAUGAGUUUGGCAGAAGGCACUGUGCACUUUCCAGGGAUGCUGGGGAACGUGGUAAACUGGUGCCCCUUAGCCAUGACCUACCAGCUGAGCACGGGACCUUUGGAUAGACCAUUGGAUAUUCUGCAGCACAAAACCUUCUCCAAAUUCUGCAUUCAACAUGGAGUAUUGAGAACAUGAAUAUGAUUUAUUUCUGUGUUAUGCUAGAGAAUUAUGAGCUUCGGAACAGAACCACACGGAAAUGCUUAAUUAAUCUUCACCCAGAAUCUCCACAGGAAUAGAUUAAGCGCUCAUUACAGUCUCUGAAAGGUCAUACUGUCAAGUUCUCUCAACUCAGGUUCCAAUAAUAAUUUUAUUUCUUUUUUCAUUUUUCAAUGCAAUAUUCAUGACUGCACCUUGUGUUCUGUCUGCUAACUACUAAUCAACAGGACUGAAUUCAAUUACCUCAUUUCCGGAAAAUGAAAGCAAUAUGUGUAAUAUUAAAAAAGAAAAUAAGUUAAAAUGUCACCUGUCAGCUUCUAUGGUCAUCAGACUUUGAGAUCUCUAAUGCUGUUCAUGCAGAAAUUGCUUUUUUUUUUUCUUUUUUUUUUUUGCUAAUGUAUCUGACAGCUGAACAUAACCCAGAAUGUUUCAAUGGCUGAUUAUGGACCCAACACUUGAAAGGUUUCAUGAAUGGUGAAUUAUUAUUAUUUAAACAUGCAGCCAUCAUCACUUCGGUCUUUCAGUGUAAAAAUAUCAGUGGGAUUUUUUUAUAUUUAAAUUUCAGUUUACCAGGCAGAAACAGGGAAAAGAGAACAUGGAGGGAUCAUUAGGGAUCCAUGAGUAGUGUGCCUGUGUGUGUUAGCGUGAUUUAGACAAACACCAUGGAUAUCAGCCAUUACUGAAUCUUUUAUCUGGGGAAACUGCCAUCUUGUCAUUUUUUUCAAAACGGUAAAAUUGGACAGUGAAGAGAGAAUGCUAGCUUGUGUAAUAAUGGAGCAGUUAGCCCCCUUAGGGCCUGGGCUGGCACUGUCCCAUUCAGGAGGAGCCGGACUCUGCAGUCAGCCACCCGUCAUUCCUCUGUGCUCCAGGAAAGGUGUGGGAUUCCCUACCUAAAUCACAUUUCAUAAUGUGUCACUGGCUACACACGCAAAUUAUUAUAAUCCUUGUUGAACUUUAGCCCAAGGAGUGAAUUUUAAUUGUUAAAAAGCAAUUGUUUCCCUUUCACAGUGGGGAGAGAAGGAGGACAGGAGCCAUAAAUGGACAUGAAAAGCCGUGUGUCUAAUCCUGCAGAUGUUUCCUUUAAAAGCCAAUGGCCCAGGUCCAGUCUAUCCUGAGAAGAAACAACAGUGCCACCUGUAGGUCAGGUUGUCACAUUGCAGACCUUACUCCAGAAACUGUACUGUCACGCAAUGCUCCUUUUUUCCCCCAGCAGGUGUUUAAAAAUCAAGCCAGGUCAAUUAAUUUGAAUCCCAAUCAAUUUUCCACUGUUUUAUGUUUAGUUUUAUUCAUUUGUUCGCUUAAACACACACAUACACAUAUGUACUGUAAGAGUAAAUAUGACGGAAUAGAGUAAAUGUAAGGUUUUUCUUUCUUUUUUCUGUUUUGUUUUCCUCAUUUUACAUUUUUAAAGUUUACAUUUUAAUUUUUUGUGUUGAGAAAUGCCACAUUUGAUACCUUUUUGAAUGGCAUCUUGUACGCUUGAUUAAAUGUGUUUUCAUUCUGUAAUUACUCUUCUUAUAUGUCAUUUUCCACUGGUGGCGUCAGGUGCAGCCAUCUUGCCAAGUAUUCAGAUGUGAUGAUGUAAGCACAGGAACUUGCAUGCUGAAUGCAAAAUGCUGAGUGUGCACCCAAAAUCCAGAAGGUAACGUUAAAACUAGGUUUGAUACGUUGCUCAAUA